UUCGCUGCAGGGAUCCUUAGUCCAGGCCACUCCUAGAUGCGAGCGAGCAGCAUCUAGUAUCUAGACUGGGAGAGUUAGUUCACCGCCCGGACCGACCGACCGACUGACUGCGCUCAGUUGCCGCACUUUCUCCUUCACUCACAUUUAGUUUAAGACCGAGGAGAAGUGCCCAGAGUUGCGAAUGUUUCUGCCGUGCCAACUCUCCAGGGCCAUUGAAACAAGAGGUUAACCCGGGAUCUCUGGUUUUGUUCUAGAAAUGGAGUCUGCAGAUUCCAAACAUCACAAGAAAGAAAAUGCCAAGCAGUCCAGGUCCCCCUUUGACCUGAUUGUCAACCAAAUCUGGAGCAACAAAUCUUUUGCGGAGAGAUGGCCUCAAUCCUCAGUGUCUCGAUUUUUCAAGCAGUCUGAGAAUUCUCUUAAAAGUGGCUACUCGACAAGUAAGAAUGAACUGGAAGAAAUGUCACCCGAUUCUGAAACUGAUAAGAAUAAACAGGCAUUAUCAGAUGUUGAGGACACUGCAGGAAAGUGGGAGCAAGUCGCUGAAUUCAUGGACAAGUUGGGAAAGAAGCCAGACCACAAGUGCUUGAAUCUCAAUAACUGUCAGCUCACCACGAAUGAUGUUGUCCAGUUGGCUGCCUUGCUGCCAAAUGUGCCAUCUGUGGAGGAGCUGGACCUGUCCUGGAACGAGUUACCAGGUGGAGCUGUGAAAUUGCUGUGCAGUCACCUGCAACAUACGCCCCAGCUGAGAGUGCUUGAGCUGGCCAGUUGCCAACUCUCCCAGCUCGACAUUUCCUCACUAGGUGACUCUGUCCAGCUUUUGGUCAACAUUGAAAAGCUCGAUUUAUCCUGGAACAGUGAGCUGGGAGGGAACCUCUCUCUCUUUGCUGAGAAACUUCAGACGCACUCUACAUUGAAGAUUCUAAAGCUGGUUGAUUGUAAUCUGACGGAAGAAGAUGGCGUGGCCUUGGGGAAGGCUCUAUCUGUAACCACAAAUUUGGAGGUUCUGGACCUGUCCACGAAUGGAAGCAUUGGAUGCGGUUUAGCAUUUUUAUUUCAGGAACUAAGACAUGUUCCACAUCUGCAAGUGUUAAAAUUACGCAACUGUGGCCUAACACAAGUUGGCGUUCAGAUGUUGGGUACUGCACUGAAUUAUGUACCCGAAAUGAAGAAAAUGGUUUUAUCUUGUAAUGGCAUUGGUGAUGGCUUCAAGGAGACAGCAACACAUUUACUGAAUGUCACUCAACUCCAAGUGUUUGAUAUCCACGAGUGUUCGUUGACUGAAGAUGAUGUUUCUGCUCUGACACAAAUAAUUCCCUUACUGAAGAAUCUGCAAGUGCUGAAUUUAGCACUGAAUAAGAACAUCGGACACACUGUCAAGCAUUUGAUUGCACGGAUUCGUUUUUUACCGAAAUUCAGAAAUCUUAAUGUCAGCAGUUGUAAUCUAACCAAAGAAUCCAUUGUGGAAUUAGCUGACACCCUCCCACACUUGACAGAGCUGGAGACCUUGAACUUGUCUUGGAAUAAAAGCCUCGGUGGAAAUCUGGGAGAACUUCUCCGGAUGUUGCAAAAUGAGACUCGCCUCCGGGUGCUGAAACUGUGCAGCUGCAACCUGACCGGCCAUGACAUGGCAGCUCUCGCGUCCCUCUCAAGUGCUGGAUUUCUAUCGAGCCUCGAAAUGCUGCAUUUAACGUACAAUAACACAGUCGAUGACCAAUCGUGGAUGAAGUUUUUGCAGGAAAUAAAUGGACUGAAGUUGCUGUCUGAACUGGACAUUGGCCUGAUGCCUCUGAGCCAUCGAGAAUGCAGCCUCUGGCUGACGGAUCUGUUGCACGCUCUGUCUCGGUUUCCCUCGCUCGUGGAGUUGGGGAUGCACCACUGGGUCAUCACUGCCUCCCAACGUGAACGUCUGGAUACUUACAACAAGAACAAUCAUCGGAAUAUCCAUUUUACCUAUUAGUAUGUCAGCUUUUGUUGAAAAACAUUGAAAGAUGAAGCACUAAACAUAGAACACAUAUAAAGCACAAGUAAUUUAUGAAUUGGACCGGUCAUUAUAAUACAAUCAAACUCUGGGUAAACUUCCACGUCAAUUCCUUCUGAUGCAUUCUUAGAUCUUGUUCUUCCAAAGGUCGGCUAUGUACUUGGUUAACGAGGCUGUAUAUGAAAUAUUUGCACGGUGAUACUUGGUAAAAGGAUAACUGUACAGGUUGCAAAUACUGACAGUGACGUUUGGAUGAGGUGAGGGCACUUGAUGUGACUGUUGUGAAAUGGUCUCUGAGGCUGGAGAGUAUGCAGUGCUUCCAAAAGGUCAUUUGCUUUAUCACUGCUGUCAUUGUCAAGAUAGCUAUAUAUAAUUUGCAUUAAAAAUCCUUGGUAUAGUAAUAUGG